CCACCGAAAACAUCGAAUUUAUAAAAAAAGUGCAAUAAAUGAUUUGUGACAAAACGUGAAUAUUCCCAUGCACAUUUUAAUGCAAAAAUUGAAAAUCCAAUUGAUUCUAGUGCAUUCAUUUGUUUGUUCGCAUGGAAUUUCUGAUGAAGAAAAAAAGAAAUAACUCUCAAACAUGAAAGUAUUUGAUUGCAAGGCGAACGAACGAAAAAGUGAAUGUAACAAAAGAAAUAGUUGUAUCAACGAUUGGCAAAAUUAAAUGCGAUCAAAAAGACAAUCGAAACGACGUUGAAAGACGAUGAAAAAAUCAUUCGUACGACUUUAUGUAGGCAAAUAUGUUGGAAUUUUUUGUUUUCAUUUAACGCAAAUUUGAGUGUUGUUACGGCUGAAGGUGAACACAAAAAGGCAAUUAGAAGAAGAAGAAGAAGAAGAAGAAGAAGAUAAAACGAUCAAAGUGAAACGAUAAAAUAAUAUCAGCAUAGAUAGAGAAGGAAACACUGAGAGAUUGAGCGAACGCAGUGCGUUUUGCUUGCCGUAUAAUCUCUUGCUCUCAUUUGGUAUUUAUUAGUGGCGCGUGUGCUGGUAUUUUAAAUACGUGUAUUGGACAAAAUGCUUUUUAAAUCGCACAUCAACUCAGCGAAUGUGCUGCUGUUUUUAGUAAUUCUAAUCAAUUCGAUUGGUUUACAAAAUGCAACACACCUAACGGGCACAUUUCGUACAAGUGAAUUUUUCAAAUUGUUGGCCAAAUUCGGAUUUCAAAAGACUGAACGCCAUUCGCAACGGGAAUCAUAUGGUUAUAUUUAUGGUAAUAUAACAUCGAAGGAACAAUUUCCCGUACAAAUUACAUUUGCCGUACUCGAUAAAUAUCCUUUUUUACCAUUGUAUCACAAACGAACAUUGAUCAAUCUUGAUGAUGCGUGUCGACAAAUGUUUUCAACAAUCGAUCAAUUAGCAUACGAUAAAAAGUGUCAUCCAAAUAAUAAAUAUGAUUAUUUACGGCGAGUGCCGUGCAAAUCAAAUGAAUUAUGCGAUGAUGAAGAUAGGCCGAUGCUUGUGAUACCCGGUCAUCAAUUCACGUUUGCAGUUAGUAACAUGAAAGAACCAAGAUUCUGGUAUAUUUCGCUGAUUGCAUGCUAUCGCGAACCAACAAACUGUACCUGGAAGCAUUUUAAUGCAACAAAAUAUCGACUUGAAUCCAAAUCAAAUAGUAAAAAUCAUCAUUUUAUAAAUAGCGAUGACUAUGAACUCAACUAUGACAUUCAUUUGGUUAAUGGAAAUCCAAAUCAAUCAUCGACCAAUCCGUUAACAUUUCAAUUUUCAUUCGAUCAACAAAACAUACUCGAAAUGAAUUUGAUCUUUUUAACAGUCUACUUGAUAUUAGUGCCCAUACAAAUUUAUGCUGUACGAAUUCAAAAACAUCCCGUCACCAAACUAUUUACGGUCAGUUUAAUACUUGAAUUUGUUAGCUUGGUAUUUAUGCUAAGCUAUUAUAUUCGGUACACAAUCAGUGGCAUCGGAAAUGAUACCGUCAAAACGACCGGUGAUAUUUUGGACAUUUUAAGUCGGACAACAUUUAUGUUGAUAUUGUUGUUAUUAGCCAAAGGAUGGGCUGUAACACGACAACAGGUCACAAAAUCCGGUUGGAUAUUACUUAUGUCAAUUUGGAUACCAUAUUGUGUUUUUCAUCUUGUACUGUACGUUUGGAAUAGAACGGAAGUUGACAUUGUAUCUGACAUUGAUGAGUAUCAAACAUGGCCCGGUUGGUUGCUUCUUGUAUCCAGAUCGUGCAUUAUGCUGUGGUUCCUUUGGGAAUUGAGAAAUACAAUGAAAUACGAGCAUUCAACAAGAAAAUUAGACUUUUUACUCCAUUUCGGUGCAUCAAGUUUGGUUUGGAUCAUUUAUUUGCCAAUUGUCGCAAUAGUUGCAUCACAAGUCAAUCCCAUGUGGCGAUAUAAAUUGUUAUUAGGUAUUACGAAUUCGGCUGAUUGUUUGGGCUAUUGCGUGAUGACCGGACUGUUGUGGCCAAAUCGUGCGGGCCAAUAUUUAUUGUUGGCAAGUACGAAGUAUUCAGGUAUGGAUGAAUUAGCUAUUAUGGAUGAGGCGCCACAUUCGUUGCGCAGUGAAUCGAGUAGUUUUCAUGAAAUGCCACACGAUGAUAUGGAACACAUCGAUUUGGACGAUGAUGACGAUGACGAUGAUGAUCAAAAUCAAAUAAUUAAUAUUUUGGAUCGAACGAAACGAGGCCAAAUAAGUGCGACUGAUUUGUUAUCAGACACAACAACCAUUAUUCAGGGUGAUAAUCUAAUGUUUGAUGAUUCAAUGCAUUCAAUAUUCAACAAUUCCAAUGGAAACUUAAUGAAACAGCAUCAACAUCAGCAGCAACAGCAAUCGCAUGAAAUAAGUGAUCAUACGAUAUUAGACACUAGUAACAACAUCAACAGCAGUAAUGCUAGUGAUUUUAGUAAAAGUGAUAAAGUGACAAACAAUUCGAAUGGUGCAAUCGGUGAUGUAUUAAUUUUAACAAAUAAAUCGAAGCAAACAUUCGGUAGUAAUAGUCAUAAUGCGUGAUUUAAAUUAAUCUGUAAAUGUAUGUAUGCGUCGUGAGCAUAGAUUUCUAUUUCAUUUGUUUGAUUUUUGUUAUUUUUAUUAUUAUUAUUUUUACACACAAAUAUUUUAUCAUGUAAGAAUGGAAAUGUGAAGAGCUUUGUAAGCCAAAAUACAAAAUGAAAUGAAACAAAAACACAGUAACAAUUAGCUUUUAACAUUAGCAUUUGUUCUGUUAGCAAAACAAAAUAGAUAUAUGCGCAUUUAUUUUGCAUAUAAAUAUUCAAUAGUUUGUAGAUUUAUAUUUUUUUCUCUCCCAAUUUUCUAUCGCAAAAUGCUUCAAUAUUUUUCGUAAACAUAAAAACCACAAACAAUUUUUAAAAAAAUACAAAAAGUAUUAAAACCGAGAUAAAUACAAUAGUGCAGCUUAUUAUGGAAAAUGAUAAAAAAUAGCAAAAAAUUAAAAAAAUACAUAUAUAUUGAAUAUAUAUUUACUGCAAUACUCGUUAGCAAAAUGUUUAUAUUUAUGUACUCCAAAAAUAUUAAAGUGUAGAAAACACUAUCGAUAUAAUAAUACUAUACUAAGAGUUACUAUUUGUACACAUUUCGAUUGUGCGGCGACAACAUUUGGAUUCUACAAGAGAUACAAAAAGUCACAUUGUUUAAAAAAAUUGUUGUCGCCACACAAUCGAAAUGUAACUAUUGACAGGCACUGUCAAUAUAAUAUUACUACAGCGAUGGUGUUUUCUACUCUCUAAUAAAAUACACACUGAAGAAGAGCAAUGAUGCACAUCAGUAGCAAAAUCAAGAAGAAUAUAAAAAGAUAGAGAGAAAGCUUUAUUGAAUGGUCAAAUGCAUGCCUUACUUAAUUUUAAUUGUAAAAUCAUAUAUUGCAAAGGUGCUGUGUAUUUUUAUGUCCGAUGUUCUGUUCAACAAGAACAUCACACACAGACACAAUUUAUGAUUAAUUAAAAGCAUUCAAAAUAACAAAAGGAUAACGCGCUCUUUCUCUGAGAGAAAAUGAAGAAGAAAAUUAACAACGUUUAUAGCUAGUGUCAAAAUGCCAAAAUCGUAGUCGAUGAGAUUUUUAUUAUUAGACUUUUACUAUGUUUUACUACAAUUCUCACGCAAUUUCUUCUUUCUUCUCUGCCACAGUAACGUAAAUUCAAUCAAAAACCACAUUAGCUAUACACUUAUUUUUAUCGCACUUAAAAAAUUGAGUUCUACAAAAUAAAUUUCCAACGACAUUUUAACAACUCCAUUCUCUUGCAUACUUUUUUAUGUUCGAGCAAAUUUGCAAUUAAUUCGCCAUCUGAAAAAGGAAAUAAAAUGCUCCCAUUCCAUUUUAAUGGCUUGAUUUUCAUAUAAAAUUUCUUCAUCAAAUACUGAUACAGACUGCCAGAUUGUUUGUGUUUUUAUUUUGUAAAUAAAACGGAGUUAUUUUUAAGAAAUCAAACCAAAAACUGUGCCAUAACAAUAGAACGAGAAAAAAGCGAGCGAAAAGAAACAUUAGCUUAACCAAUUCACUCAUACCGGUUAGCCAUAGCAUAGAAAUGGGCAUUUUUCUUUUUUUUUCGGGAAGGAAAUUCAUUCAAAGGUUUAAAUUAACGAACUUUGAAUAUUUCAAUUGAAAAAAGUUUCUAUUUGAAUUUUAAACAAAUGACGACUCAAACGAAAAUCAAAGUGAGUGCAUGUAAAUAUUGUAUUUUUCUUCAGAAUGAAAAAAAGAAAAUAUUGCUCAAUUUGAAUAAAAUGAGAAAAAAAAAGAAUUUUAUCGAAGCAUAAAUAAAAAUUUAAAAAAAUAGCAGGAAAAACAAAACAACAAAAACAAUAGGUCUUAUGAUUGCGUGAAAUUCCUAUACAAAGCGUAGAUUUAAAAAUGAAGCGUCCCUUUUUUUCGUUUGUAGAUGAAAAGUCGAAUAAAAAAAUAAAUAAGUUAAAAUCAACAGAAAUCAAUUAUUUUGUGAUUGUGCACCGGAAACAAGACGAAAGUGACACUUUGCUGAGUUGUUUUUUGUAGUCCAAUAUUAUGUAUAUGUGUUAUCGUAUUUCGUACACCAUUUCUUUUAGUGAGAGUGAACAAAGUAUUGAAUAAAUGAAAUAAAAAAUUCACUGGUCCCACAAUGCUAUUUUGUCUCAAACAAUGAUAGUUUUAUGGAAAUUCAAUUGGCAAAAAUGUGUGGUGUGAUUUCAUUGUUACACAUUCGUGAAUAUUUUACAUGUCGUUUUAA